AUGAAAGGGAAUGAAGAAAAUGAAUUAAAAACAAAAGAAAAAGAUAAUAACAUUUUAUGUUAUGUGAAAUGGAUAAAUAAUAUAUUUAAUGGUGAUAGUGUAUUGAAAGUUAAUUGGGAUAAUAUAGAAUUUGAAAAAUCAAAAAAAAGAAAAUGGAAAAUAAAGGAAAGAGAACAAAUUAGUAAUGAAAAAAAAAAAAAAAAAAAAAAAAAAAAUGAUAGUAUAAGUGAAGAGGACAAUAGUGGAAAUAUAAUAAGUCAAAGAAAAUCGUUAUAUAAUAUAAAACCAAUAAAUAAUUGGAAAAAUAAAAAUGAAUUUAAAGAUGAUUCAGAAAAUUAUAAUAAUCUUUCGUCAAGUAGCAUAUCCGAAAUCGGAAGUGAAGGAGAAGGUAACGAAACAGAGAAUAAACAAAUGUCUAUUAAAGAGGUUAAAAAAGAAGGAAAAAUAUGUAAAAAUAGUGAAAAUAGUGAAAAUAGUGAAAAUAAUGAAAAUAAUGGAAAUAAAUUAUAUUCAAAUAUUUAUGACAAUUAUAAUGGAGAAAUACAGGAUAUAAAAUUCCAAAAAAAAAAAUAUAUAGAUUAUACAGCAUUAAGUAGCUUUAUAAAUGAGGAGUCUUUUUCGGAUGAAAGUAACGACCCAAAAAAUGAAGGUCGAGACACCGAUUUAAUUAGUUACAACAUAUUUGAAGAAAUUGUAAAGAAAAGGGAAGAAUUGGAUAAAAUGUUUUUUGAUAAUUUAAAUAUGCAUGAUAAUAAUGAUAAAGAAAUAAAGGAAAAUGUGAAAAAUGAUAAUAACAUAGUUGAAAACAAAUUAAUUAGCAAUAUAAAAAGUGAGAAUAAUAAUGUAAAGAGUGAGAAUAAUAAUGUAAAGAGUGGGAAUAAUAAUGUAAAGAGUGAGAAUAAUAACAACACAAAUUUAAAAUUAGAAAAUGAUUUUGAUUCUUCAAAAAAAAUGGAAAAUAACAAUUUUUGUUUUUGGAAUAUGGAAAAUGAAACAUAUAUAACAAAACCUCUAUAUGCAAGUCAGCUAAAAAAAAAAAGUUAUACAUUAUUAGACGAAUCUGAAGAAAUGGUUAAACAUUUUUCACUAAAUAAAUAUUCAAUAAAAUUUGUUCCUAGGCAUUUACUUUAUUCUGUAAGCCAAGUAGUAUCGAGAUCAUUUUUCGACCCUUUAUAUAGAAAGCAAUUAUUUUUUUAA